AUGUACACUUUUGAGAUUCUGUUGUUGGCUGUCGCAACAGCAGUUAUGUAUUUUAUAAAUAAAUUUACUUAUUUUAUUUUCUUACUUUCAAUUAUAUAUUCUUAUAAACAUGUUAAAGCUCCUUAUGUUUUGAUUCCUCUUUUAAAAGUACAAAAUCUUCGAACAAAGUAUAAUGCUAAAUGGGCUAUUGUAACGGGUGCUUCUUCGGGCAUUGGCGAGUGUAUAUCUAGAAAACUAGCUGAACAGCAGAUAUCGGUGGUGUUGGUGAGCAACGACGAAGCUCGUCUUCAAGCGGUGGCUAGCGAUCUAAAGACACUCUACAAGGUCGACACACGUAUUGUCGUGGUCGAUCUGCGUGAGAACAACGAUGUUCUACUCAGAGAAGUCCGUAAAGCAACCGACGACAUCGAUGUCCAGCUGGUAUUCAACAACGCCGGCUACAUAGCGAUGGAGGGAUUCCACCAGAGCACGGUGGAGUCGAAACUCGACAAUCUCAAUUGCAAUGCAAUCAACGCCAUUCGGCUGACCGACCACUUUUAUAAGCGAAUGCUGCACUCGAAGCAGCGUGGAGCUAUCGUAUUCACGUCGUCGUCUGCCUCGGUGUGUCCAUCGCCCUACUCUGUAAUGUACAGCGCUGGCAAAGCACUGCUAACCUCAUUCGCAGAGUCUCUCUCCAUUGAGUCACGGCAACACGGCAUAGACAUACUUGCAAUUCAACCAGGUUACGUAAGAACCAAAAUAUUCGACCCACUACCAAAACUUGCAUUACUCAAUUUCCUAAGACUUGUAGCUCAAGAACCAGUGGAUGUAGUUAAUAUUAUGUUUAAGUGUGUAGGCAGACUCGGCAUGACUGUUGUUGACAGUGGAUUUUUUGCAUUCCUGUCAAAAAUGGCACGCAUUUUUUUGGGGGGAAAUUUAAUGACAGUCAUCAUUGCAUUCAUUGUGAAUCAUCUAAUGAAAGAUAUGGAACAAUACAGAAUUAUAAAAAUUUAA